GUCAACCGUUUAAUUAAUCAAAUUCAUGCUUGUUAUAAUCAGAAUAUAUUGAAUUGUUAAACGAUUUUAGGUAAGUGUUGCACGACUUCAUGGGCACUGUUUGGGUGGAGGUGUGGAAAUUGCUUCAUCAUGCGACCUCCGCUUCGCUCAUAAGGAUGCAAAGAUUGGUUUUCUACAAGCACGAAUGGGGAUUGUUCCCACCUGGGAAGGAGCAAACUACCUACCCUCCAUAAUUGGACGAUCUUCUGCGCUACGACUCAUGACAACAGCUGCGAUUCUUACAUCACAAGAGGCAAAGGAUCUUGGCUAUGUUGACGCUAUCUACAAUGAGGAUGAAGAGUUCGAAACUCUGAUUUCGUCGAUGCUAAAGAAUAGCGCGGAAGUUUGCAAAGCGCAAAAGGCAAUGCUCAACGCGUCCGAGCAAGGAGAAGAAGCUCAACUUGCCGUUAUCCGUUCCGUGUGGGGAGGCAAAGCUCAGAAACAAGCCAUACAACGGCAAUUGGAAGCUGUUGUAAACAAAAAAUCUCGAAAAUAA